CCUUAUUUUUGACGCCCUAGCUAUGUCAUUCCCUGCACCCGAAUCUCUCACCCCUGCCGAGUUUCAGGGUAUACUUGAAUACUUGCGGAUAUUGCUACAAAAUCUGCCAACUGCCUUUCCCGUUGGUUCUGCUUUCACAUCAAAAUACCUCGCAUUCCUGUCAUUCACGAUUGACGCUGAGCUGCUAGAUCGUACCGGAAGCGAAAUAGGGGCCUUAAAUGAACAAUUCAAACAGAUUUUCGGAUGGCAAACACGAACAACGGGAUCUGGAAUUGUGGCAAUCGAGGAGCGAGGAGAACCUAUUUGUGCAGUGGUUGAUGUGCUUGAAGACUUUCAUGUCAGAUACCCUACAGAUAAUGUUAUUAAGAAGUGGGCAGUUGACAUUGGUAUUGGAGUACAAGAAGUCUACAGUCAACACAACAUCGAGCUCCCACCACAGAGCACGGCUACAAAGCAACAAAAGCAGACAUUGUUAGACUCUGUGUUGAGCAUAUCCAACAAACUCAACGACCCAAUCUCGCUGCUUGUGCAGGAGAUUGGAGCAGCUGGUGUUGUUGACGAGUUCAGAUGUCAACUUCAAGCUUAUUUUCACAACGAGUGGCCAUUCAAUGCCCCCCUUCAAGACGGAAACACUCUCGCAUGGUGGAAUACACUUCUACCUCAUCCCCAUGCUCGUGUCCUUGCUGCUCUCGCAGUCAAAUUUUUUUCAGUACUUAUUAACUCCAUGCCGGAUGAACGGACAGGCUCGAAGUUGACAUGGCUCAACUCGGCAAUACGUGCUAACCAGAAUGCUCAAACUCUCGUUGACAUGAUUCAGAUCGGACAGUGGUAUGGUAACAAGGCUGAAAAAUCGAGACCACGAAAGGAACCCUACCGGCCAACAGUCAAGUUCCGCGACAUCGACAAAGACCUCCUUCGUGCUGUUACCACAGGAGUCAAGCCAGCAACUAACGACAUGACACCACCUGCUGUGGACACUGGACAUGACAGCGACGACUCAGAAGACCUGCUGGAUGAUGUCGAGGAUGGCCUUGUAGGCACUCGCAGAGAUGACGAGGUACCAGAGGAUGAUUUUCUGCAGGUGGAUGAAGAUAUUCACCUCGGCUCUCCUUUACUGCGUGAUUUGAUCUCUACGGUACCUGUCGUUGGCUCGCAGAAUGUUCGGGUGGCUCAGGACAGGGUGCCGGUGUCGAACAAGAGGGCGGCCAACUGGAAUUUCUAAUUUUUCACAAUUUUUCACUGCGAAAACUUUAUUCACACUGUUGAUAAAUCAUUUUCAACUAGUUAAUAAC